GCUUCUGUUGGAGACUACAUCUUCUUGAUCAUCGUACUGUCUAUCAUUGGCGGUGUGGUGUACGUGAUGAAGGCGCCAGCUAUACAGCAGGGCUUUGCUGACGCGAGCGAUAAUCUGAAGAAGAAGGGUGUCUCUUUGGACUCGUCAGGGGUGUCUAUCAAGACGAAUCGAAGGGCUCCUACACGGGAAGAGUACCUGGAUGCCACACAAAGGUCUUUCGCAAAGAGCUCGGAGAUGAUAGCCCAGCACAAGGACGCCUUUACGACGACUGCCAGUCAGCGCUCCAAGGAUCAAAAAGCAAAGACGGAGACUGCGUAUCGCAAGACCGCCUGAGGGCAUCGCUCAUUGUGUGGUGACAGCUGGACAGACUUGGUCAUAUGUAGCAUACAGUGACGAAAGGGUCGGCUAAAGAGUAGAGC